UGCGACUAAAAUAUGACCGAGUAGGCAUACACACGAAUUCUCAUCAUAUAACUGGUAUUGGCCAUUUUAUAUUGCCCCCCCCUUUCUUGAAUUCAAUGAGCUUGACUUCCAGUUUCCUUUUGCAUUGUAGUGCGUCGGAGAGUAAAAUGGGAGUAGAAAUCGAGACCAUAACCCCGGGUGAUGGACAGACAUUUCCCAAAAAAGGACAGACAUGCGUUGUGCAUUAUGUCGGCUCACUGACGGAUGGAACCAAGUUUGACUCUUCCCGGGACAGAGGCAAGCCUUUCAAGUUCAAGAUUGGCAAGCAGGAGGUGAUCCGUGGCUGGGAGGAGGGGGUUGGCCAGAUGAGUGUGGGCCAGAGGGCAACUCUGACCUGCACGCCGGACUUUGCCUAUGGCAGCAAAGGGCACCCUGGUAUCAUCCCACCCAACUCUACCCUCAUCUUUGACGUGGAGCUGAUGGGCCUGGAGUGAUGUUUGUGUGCACUUACUACAUGUUUAAUUCCACUCAGAUUUUCAGGGUUGACUCCUAUCUCGGGAACAUGGAUGAAAAGGCAAAAGGAAGAUAAAUGCACUUGACUCCUGUAAAAGACUCACAUCUACAGCUUCACCACUUCACUCUCCUUUCCAUUUAUAUUCAAAUGUGUCACUUGCUUAAAAUACCUUAUUCUUGAUAUAUAUUGUAGUAGAACACCCUAACAAGUCAUAGGCCAUACCUUUCAGAUGUCAUGUCAUUUUAUUGCUAUGUAUGUUUUUAUGGUCUUUUUUUUUGUUGUGAAAUUUGUAAGUCAUACCUGCCAUCAGGGGUAGGUACUGACACAAUUUUGGAUAAAGUGUCAUUAUACAAAUAUUCAAUUUGAUCUCAUUCUCGUGGCUCUGAGUGGCCUUGCUUUUCAGAAAAUGUGUUAUUGUGGACAUGAUAAUUGAGAAAAAAACUAUGAAUAAAUGACUCCCCAAAUGGAUUUGAUUAAUGUAA